ACAACUAUUACUGUCUCUUAGCACUUUUCUUUCUCUACCACUUUUUUCUUCUCUGUUAUUUUGAUUAGUUUACUCAUUAAAUUUACGCCAACUCUUUUCUUUUUCGACAGCAUUAAAUGCACAAUUUUUAUUUAAUUACUUGUCUUUGAACUAGCAGCUAAGAAAUAGUCAAUAACAAAGCAACCUUCACAUUGUUUUCCUCUGUCUAUUUCUUUCCAACAAUGCGGAAGAAAUGGCAACCCUUUCUUCCUCAUCUGUUGCUUUGUUUUGCCCAUAUCUUUGUCUUGCCAUCCUAUGUUUCCUCUUCCUCUUCCUCUAAGUUUGUACUCUCUCAGCCUUCGGCUUCAGUGAACUCAUCAUUGCCCUCUGAUGCUCUUGGGCUACUCGCCUUCAAAUCUAAAGCAGAUUUGAAAAACAAGCUAUCUUUCUCUUCAAACAGUAGUUUCUGCAAAUGGGUAGGGGUGGAAUGUGCUCAGUUCAAAGUGGUGCGCCUUAUAAUCCAAGGGAUAGAUCUUGGGGGUGUUUUUGCUCCCAACACAUUGACUCGCCUUGACCAGCUUCGAGUCUUGAGUUUGCAGAAGAGCUCACUCACCGGACCCAUUCCUGACCUCUCGGGCCUCAAAAAUCUUAAAAGUCUCUUUCUUGACCAAAAUAACUUCACGGGCUCUUUCCCACCUGUUUUAUCCCUUCAUAGACUUCGAAACUUGGAUUUAUCCCAUAACAAUCUCGCCGGUCCACUACCCAACUGGCUACCGAAGCUCGACCGCCUCAACUAUCUCCGCCUAGAGUGGAACCACUUAAAUGGAUCGGUCCCUCCUCUGAACCAGUCCUCUCUCCGAAACUUCAAUGUCUCCGGUAACAAUUUCUCCGGUGCUGUACCAGUCACCCCAACCCUACUUCGCUUCGAACCGUCCGCGUUCUCGUGGAACCCGAACCUGUGCGGCGAGAUUAUCCACAAGGAGUGCAAUCCAAGCCCACCCUUUUUCGGCCCAAUGUCGUCGGUGACUGCUUCACCCCCGCCAACAAAAGCGCUUGAACAGGGCGCAGAAGUCAACAGCAUGGACUUGACGGAGCCUUACGACAAGAAGCACCGCAGAACGGCGGUGAUCAUUGGGUUCUCAGCUGGGAUCUUAGUCUUAAUAUGCUCUCUGCUUUGUUUCGUUAUGGCCCUGAAAAAACAGAGGGGACAGAAGGGUGAUCGAAGCAUGGACCCAAUAAUGGCUGCUGAGGUGGCUGCGAGUGCACAGGCGGCGGUGGUAAUGGAGUUAGAGCAAGAGAAAGAGUUAGAGCAGAAGGUAAAAAGGGCUCAGGGAAUGCAAGUGGCUAAGAGUGGCAGCUUGGCAUUCUGUGCAGGCGAAGCCCAAUUAUACUCGUUGGAGCAGCUUAUGAAGGCCUCCGCUGAACUUUUGGGAAGAGGUACAGUUGGUACCACUUAUAAAGCCGUUUUGGAUAAUCGUUUGAUUGUGAGCGUCAAAAGGCUGGACUCUGUUAAACUCAGCGGAACAACUAGGGAGGCGUUCGAGCAGCACAUGGAAUCGGUCGGUGGUUUGAGGCAUCCGAAUCUAGUGCCGCUCAGAGCUUAUUUUCAAGCCAAGGAAGAAAGGCUCCUGGUUUAUGAUUACCAGCCCAAUGGCAGUCUCUUCUCUCUCAUUCACGGUUCAAAAUCCACGAGGGCAAAGCCACUCCACUGGACAUCAUGCUUGAAAAUAGCGGAGGACGUGGCCCAAGGCCUUUCCUACAUCCACCAAGCGUGGAGGCUCGUUCACGGCAAUCUCAAGUCCACCAACGUUCUCCUUGGCCCUGACUUUGAGGCCUGCGUCACCGACUAUUGCCUCUCUGUCCUCGUCAACCCUUCAUCCACUGAUGACGAGCAGGUUAUGGCAGCCUGCAAAGCACCCGAAAUCCUCAACUCGAACGGGCAAAUUACAUCAAAGUCCGACGUCUAUGCUUAUGGGAUUUUAUUGAUGGAGCUUCUCACCGGAAAGUUGCCAUCGGAGCAGCCAUAUUUGGCGCCAAACGAGAUGAUGGAGUGGGUGAAGUCAACGAGGGAGGUCGAGGAGGGAGUGGAAAACAACAAAAUGGAAAUGCUUCUUGAAGUGGCCAUAGCUUGUAGUUUAACAUCGCCAGAGCAGAGGCCCACUAUGUGGCAGGUGAUGAAGAUGUUACAAGAGAUUAAAGAGACGGUAUUAAAGGAAGACAGUGAUCCAGACCCGCUUCCUGCCAUGUCCUAGUCCUUAUUCAUCACCUCACUAUUUCUACCAUGUUUUGGCAUAAAAAUUAGAUUAAAACAGACCAAGUGUUACCCUUUUUUUCCAUAUAUAAAUAUGUUUUAUCUUUUCUAACUA